AUGACAAAAAAAUCUGAGAAGUUUUCUGCAGAUUUUGUGAUGGGAGGAAUGGCAGCAUUGGUAUCGAAGAGUGCAGCAGCACCCAUUGAGAGAGUGAAGCUUCUGUUGCAGAAUCAAGGAGAGAUGAUAAAAAGAGGACAGCUUAAGAGACCUUAUAUGGGUGUUGGCGAUUGCUUUAAAAGGGUCUUUAGAGAAGAAGGCGUCUUGUCCUUUUGGAGAGGCAACCAGGCUAAUGUUAUUCGAUAUUUUCCUACUCAGGCCUUCAACUUUGCAUUUAAAGGUUACUUCAAAAGCAUUUUUGGCUGCUCAAAAGAGAAAGAUGGAUACUUAAAGUACUUUGCAGGAAAUGUGGCUUCAGGAAGUGCUGCUGGAGCAACUACUUCAUUAUUUCUGUAUCACCUGGACUAUGCACGAACACGGCUAGGCACUGAUGCAAGGGGGUCUGCAGUUAAUGGUCAGCGCCAGUUCAGAGGGAUUCUAGAUGUUUAUGGUAAAACCUUGUCAAGUGAUGGAAUAGCGGGUCUCUAUCGAGGUUUUGGGGUUUCAAUUAUUGGGAUUACACUGUAUCGAGGCAUGUACUUUGGGAUUUAUGACACCAUGAAGCCUAUUGUUUUGGUUGGGUCUUUGGAGGGGAAUUUUUUGGCUAGUUUCUUGCUUGGUUGGAGUGUUACAACAGUCUCUGGGGUCUGUGCCUAUCCAUUUGAUACCCUUCGGCGCAGAAUGAUGCUUACAUCGGGACAACCAUCGAAGUAUCGCAACGCCAUACAUGCAUUUCGUGAGAUUGUUUACCUUGAGGGUUUCACAGCGCUGUUCCGAGGAGUUACUGCAAAUAUGCUUCUAGGGGUUGCUGGGGCUGGGGUACUUGCAGGAUAUGAUCAGCUGCACCGAAUUGCAUAUAGACAUGGUUAUUCUAUUGAGCCACAUCAAAGAGUUUUGAAGUGA